CCCCGGCCCGCCCCGCCCCGCCCGGCCAUGGCGUCGGCCGCCACCAUCGUGCACGACCCCUCGGAGGCGACGCCGCUGUGCCCGGCGCUGGGCCUGUACCUGAAGCCGAUCACGAAGCUGGCGAUCUGCGUGGCGCUGCCGCCGCCGCUGCGCGCGCCCGGCAAGUCCGUGUCCAACUGGGAGGUGAUGGAGCGGCUGCGCGCGAUGGCGGCCGGCGCGGCGGCGGCGUCACUUCCGGGUCCACUUCCGGGUCCGCUUCCGGGUUCACUUCCGGUUCCGGCGGAGGCGGAGUCCGCGGGGCGCGGGCCGCUGUCGGCGCUGCGCAUCGCCAAGAGCUCGCUGGACUUCGUGCGCUUCGAGGCGGAGGUGGAGAACCGCGCGCUGGUGCGGCCGCUGCUCGCCCGCCUGGACGGCGGCGCCAUCAGGCUGGGCGGCUCCGACGCGCUGCGCGUGCGCGCCGCCGAGUUCCGCCCCGACUUCCCGUCCCGCCACGACUGGGACGCCUUCUUCCGCGACGCACGCGACAUGGACGAGGCGCUGCCCGGCGAGCGCCCCGACACCAUCCGCCUCGAGGGGCUGCCCUGCCGCUGGUUCGCGCCGCGGCCCGGGGACGCGCCCGGUGCCACUUCCGGUUCCACUUCCGGUUCCACUUCCGCUUCCGGUCCUACUUCCGGUUCCGCGAGCGACCGGCCCAGCGAGGCGCUGCUGCGUCAGGCGUUCGGCGCGUUCGGCGCCAUCCGGCACGUGGACAUCCCCAUGCUCGACCCGUACCGCGGCGAGGCGGCGGGGCGCGGCUUCCACACGUUCGGGCUGGGCGGGCAGCUGCACUUCGAGGCCUUCGUGCAGUACCGCGAGUACGCGGGGUUCGCGCGCGCCAUGGCGGCGCUGCGGGGCACGAAGCUCAUGCUCAAGGGCGAGGACGGCAAGGCGGUGGCGUGCGGCAUCAAGGUCUCGUUCGACGCCACCAAGCACCUGAGCGACGCCUCGAUCCGGCGGCGGCAGCUGGAGCGGCAGAAGCUGCGGGAGCUGGAGCUGCAGCGCGAGGAGCAGAAGCGGCGCGAGCGCGAGGACGAGGAGCGGAGGCGCCUGGAGGAGCGGAAGCAGCGCGAGGCGGAGGCCCAGGAGCGCGCGCGGCGCCGGGAGCAGAAGCAGCGGCGCCGGGAGCAGCGGCAGCGCGAGCGCGAGCAGCGUCGGCGCCGCCGCCGGGCGGAGCGCGCGGGGGCGGAACCGGAAGCAGCGGAAGCGGAAGCGGCGGGUGCGGAUGCGCGGCGGCGCCUGCUGCUGGCCCAGCGCGACCUGCAGAGCGUGCGGCUGGUGGCGGCGCUGCUGGGCCGCGUGGAGGCCUCGCGCCUGCGCCAGCGGCGCCUGCAGGAGGCGGAGCUGCGCCGCGUGGAGCAGGAGAAGCGCCGGGCGCUGGGGCUGCAGCGCCGCGAGCGCGAGCUGAGGCAGAGGCUGCUGGCGCUGCUGCUCGGCCGCGGGGGCGCCCGGCCCGGCGCGCAGGGGCCCGGAAGCGGAGCGGAAGCGCGGAGGCCGGAAGCGGAACCGGAAGUGGAGCCGGAAGCGGAAGCGGCGCCGACCUCCUGCGCCCCGUGCUCGACAUCCUGCACAGCGUCGCCGCCCGCGCCGCCGACCCCGACCCCGACCCCGACCCCGCCCCGGCGGAGGAAGCGGAAGGGGCGGGGCAGCAGCAGCGGCGUCGGCACCGGGGCGGGGCGGGGCGCGAGCGCAGGCGCAGCAGACACCGGCGGGACGGACGCGCUCGCUCCCGGUCGCCCCCGCGCUCGCCCCGGGCAAAUAAAUAAAGGAAGCGAGGAAUGAAUGAA